ACAUUCAGCCUCAUAUAGCGAGGGCGGUUCGGUCUUCUCAAUAAAAAACAUUUGACAAUCAGCUCACCUUCAGUUCAGUUCUCCAGUCUCUCUGAUCAACAGAUCACCAACCAGAAACCAUGAAUCCCAUGGACAUCAAGCCUCACGUCUCUCAUGGAACUGAAGUUCCUGCCUUUGCAUGUGGGACUAUUCCAAUGCCCAAAUCUGGGUCAAGACUCGUGCAUCAGGGUCAGUCCAACGAGCUUUCAUGUAUCAAAAGAGAUGGAUGGUUGGGCAGGCUCAGAUGUCGAAAUUCGCAGCCGCUUAGAGGUGUGGAGAGGAUUAAAAAGUGGGAAGUUAGAGCCUUCACAGAGGAACAGGAAGCUCUAGUCCUAAAGUCAUGGAAUUCAAUGAAGAAGAAUGGUGCUGAACUGGGCCUCAAGUUCUUCCUCAGAGUCUUUGAGAUUGCACCGUCAGCCAAGAAGCUAUUUUCGUUCCUGAGAGAUUCAGAUGUUCCUCCGGAGCAAAACCCGAAGCUCAAGGCCCAUGCCAUGACCGUAUUUGUUAUGACUUGUGAAUCGGCCAUACAACUUCGUAAAGCCGGAAAAGCUACCGUGAGAGAGUCCAAUUUAAAAGACUUGGGUGCUACUCAUUUCCAAUACAAUGUGGUGGACGAACAUUUCGAGGUUGUGAAGUUUGCAUUGUUGGAAAUCAUCAAAGAGGCGGUGCCGGAGAUGUGGUCACCCGAGAUGAAGAGUGCAUGGGGAGAAGCUUACGAUCAGUUGGCAGCCGCGAUCAAGAGCGAAAUGAAGCCUCAGAUUUCUACCUGAUAGUUACCCACCCCACCCACUACGAGAGAGUUCUGCUGAAUCUCGAGGAGAUGUGACAGUAAUGUAUGAAGUUGUCUUCAAUGAUCCUGCAUAAUGCUGCUUCUCUUUUUUGUGAUUGUACAGUUUAAUCAGUGAUCGCCCGAAUUCUUCCCUUCU